UUCGCUGUUUAUCAAGCACAUUCUGACGCGUAGUACUGUUCUAUUCACCGUUCUGCCCGUUCUCCGAACUUCAUUUGCUUCCCUGUCUGUCAAUUGUCCGAAAGGCAUAAAAAUUUUCAAUUUUCAGACACUAAUUACGAGUUUUCAAUCCCAUUUGAUCUGUUCUUAGUUAGUACUACCGAUUCCAGUAACUGAUACCACUAGCUAACAGGCGCUUUAUCUGUCCUCUCUCGCACAACCAGCAUUUUAUGCCGAAGAAAGAGUCCCGACAUCAAACCCUAUACAUCAACCGUCUCAUAGAACCUGGAUAACAUCGCUAAUUUUUGUUAUCUUUUCAUUUUCAUAGCCUGGUUUCAGUCAGAAAGUUCUAGUUAGUGUUUUACCUAACAGACUCUUUGAUUCAAAUCAGUUUCCAGCUCCAGCUUACCAUUCUCUUCAUCACAGUAUCCACCAUUUCCUCGGUCGCUGUUUGUUGACAUCCCCAAGAGCGAAUUCAUUCUGAACCUCUUGUUUCAAAUUCUUCCAUCACCAGGUCGUUUUGCCCUUCCUCCAACCCAUCCGCUCGUGACAUAACUCACUGCCCUUUAAUUAGUAUACUUUGAAACGUUUCUUGCUACUUCUCUCUUCGUUUCAAUCCAUAUAUUAAUUAGAAAGACCACCCUUUUCAUAAGAGUAAGUUCCAAUCCACCUCAAAAGAAAAAGCAACUGUCUCAGCUGUUGCAUCUAUUUAAUACAAAUUCAUAAAAACCCCAAAAAAAGCAUAUACUCCAAAAGAGUUUACAUUUGUUAACUCACAUUUGACUUCUUUGUACUAUCAUUGAAGUUCUAUUCAAACUAACUACAUAUUCAAGUUCUAUUAAGAACAAGUCUCUAAGCUAAGUUAUGGUUGCUCCUGCCUACCACCAAGAUUCCUAUGUUGACCAUCAGCUCUCUGCUAAUUUAGAUUCAACUUACGCCUUUGAAGGCCCUGAAAAGUUGUUGGAGAUCUGGUUCUGGCCAUCAGAAGAUCACUUGCCAAAAGGCUACUCCAGUGAAGGUUUGAGAUGUAUCCCAUUGGCCAAAUGGGUUGAGAUUUUGGAUCUUGUCAGUUGCAAGAUUUUGUCUAUGAAUUCGUCUAAGUUCAUGGACGCUUAUUUGUUAAGUGAAAGCUCGUUAUUCGUCUUCCCCCAUAAGAUGAUCUUGAAGACUUGCGGUACCACUACUACCCUUAGCUGUCUUGAAGAAUUGUUUCAGAUCGUUAACAAGGAAUUUUUUGGAAAACUCCACACUUUGUCGAGUCACAACAUCUACAAAAUCUUCUACUCCAGAAGAUCGUUCAUGUUUCCAGACAAGCAGAUUCAGGUUCACCAGGAUUGGAAGAACGAAGUCAGCUUGUUGAACAAACACUUUGACAACGGUAAAUCGUAUGUUGUAGGAGACUUCACCAGCAGCGACCAUUGGUACUUGUAUGUUGGAGGAGAACUUGACGAAGAACAGUUGGCUUCUGAAACUCCUCACGAUCAAACCUUCGAAAUCUUGAUGACAGAAUUGAAUCCUGACUGUGCUGCCAAGUUCAUCACCUCGAGAAAACCUGGUGCUGAGUCUUACAUUGCAAGUGAAGUCGAGGACCAUGACUUGGGUCACGACUUUGGUAUUCAGACCAUGAAGGAAACCGAUUUGGAUUCCAUUUUUGAUCCUUCUGGUUGUACCCAUUUGAAGCACCUGACUCAGUUACCUUCUCCAACAUUGUCUGAUAACUUGGAAUUGUCUGAAGACGAUGAGAUGCUGACUGAAAAGAAAGAGGUGUCUGCACCCAAACCCAAGAGAGCAAUCUUUGACUUUGUUCACGAUGCUUUCUCGUUUGCUCCAUGUGGCUACUCUUCCAAUUCGAUCUGCUCGAACCAGGGAGGUUUUUACUAUACGUUGCACAUCACUCCUGAAUCGGGAUGGUCGUAUGCUUCGUUUGAAACAAAUUACCCUUUCUCUGAGAAGUCGGAAGUCAGCAUUACCGAUGUUUUGCUCAGGGUGUUGCGUAUUUUUGAACCUAGAAAGUUUUCCAUGAACUUGAUCAGCGAAAACACUGAAGGCAACAACAGUGCAAGUCACGAAGGUUUGCGUAAUUCCCAUUUGCUCUUGAAAGACUUGGGCUACAAGAAGCAGGAAAGGGUCAAGUAUGACUUGAGAGGCGAGUAUAAGUUGUUGUACUUGAACUUCGAGAAGAAUACAUAGUGCAUAGUACUAUGGAGAGGACUAUUAGUAGUUUUACCAAAAUCGCCGGUAGUUUUGUUUUUGUUUGUCAAGGCUCGUUAUAGGGGUGCUGGUUUUGGUGCGUUUUAGUUGGUUUAAGACAAGAAAUGGUCUUUUUUCUCUAAUGGUGGUCGUACCCACUCUGGCAGUCUCUAAUCGACGGGACUUAGUUUAUAUUCAGAUGUUUAGUGUUUAGUAAGUAAUUUAAAAUACAUCAUUUGUAUAAAGAUAUGU